AUGUCAUGUAUGUAUACCUACUGCAAUAAUAACAACAACAUUGUCAUCGGAAGUAGCAGUAACUACAGCACUAUUAUAACUCCCUCUUCAAGUUGUUCACAUUCACCACUUAAGCUUGAUCCGAAUGCAUUAUCAUUGGCUACGAAGAUUGAUUUUGAUACACAAUAUCCAGUAACAACAACAGCAGCAAUACCAACAACUCCAGCAACAACAGCAGCAGCAAUCUCAACAGUUCCAGCAACAACUCCAGCAGCAAUCCCAACAGUUCCAGGAGCUGCAAGAAGAAAUUCAACAACUCCAGCAGCAAUCUCAACAGUUCCAGAAACAACUCAAGCAGCAAUCCCAACACAGCAAUUACAAGAAUCUAAGAAGCUGCAACAACAACGUUUUCAAGUACUUCAACCACCUCAGCAACAAUUCCAACAACAGCAAACUGGUAUUCCAUUGUUACAACAGACCAAUACAUAUCCAACAAAUUCAUCAUCUCGCCAUAAUUGUACUCGUGCAUGUGAUAGCUGUAUUGAUGCGCAUGCUAAGUGUAAUAUGAGAGAGGGGUUUUCUUUGUGUGAUAGAUGUAUUGAUAAUAAUAAUAAGAAUUGCAGUUUUAAAAAACCUCACAAAAGUAGAGGCAGACCUAGCAAAAACAAACCAAAGAUGAAUGAAACUAAAAACAGCAAUUCUAAUGAUGUCAACGUUGCUGAUAAUGCUGUCAAUGAUACUCAUCGUGGUCUAAUUGAAGGUGUGAAGAAUAUUAUUGAAUCUGGCAAUGAAGAUUUACAAGUCAAUCCACAAGGUAUAUUAAUUCACAACGUUGAUUUGGUUAAUGGUCGUGUUAUGCGUGAAGGUGGCUUUAUUAGUUUGAGUUCAGGCAUUGAAGAUUUGCAAGUCUAUCCUAGACAAUCACAAGAUAAUAUCAAUAGUCAUGAUAAUACUGAUUUAUCACCGCAUGAACAAUUGACACAACCUAUGGCUCUAUGUGGUCCAAGCAAUGAAGCCUAUACACAAGGAGGUAAUCAUCGGAGUACUGAGGGCUGUGUCUUACCAACCUCAACCUAUAAUCAUCAAACCAAUGAUCAGCAACAAUCAAGCCAUGAUGAUUAUUAUGAUACGUAUUUAUAUACGUAUGAGCAAUUGAUGCAGUCAUCGGGUGUUGUUAUUGAUCCAGCGGUUCAAACACCACCAUAA